UUUUGAUAAUAUGAAGAGAUUUAUUUCGAUUUUAUUCUGUUUAAUUUUAAAAGUGAACAGUCAUGGCAUGAAUGUUGUGUUCUCAUGGAAGCAAAUUAGUUAUAAUUUUGAUGGAGUUCUGUACACAAAGAACUCCGACUACGACCGGACGGUGAGCGACAACGUCCACUUUGCGGACGAGCUACUAGAGGCUGAGAAGUUCUUCAUCCAAUACAACAAUGUGCCGAUAGGGUUUGAGGUUCAUGGAGACACUGUGUUCGUUACAGUGCCGAGGAGGCGACAUGGUAUCCCCUCCACCCUGAACUACGUAAAGCUGUCAGAUUCAAAUCCAAUACUGCGUCCGUACCCUGACGUCGUCAGCAGGAGUUUAGUGUCCGUAUAUCGGCCCAGGGUCGACGAGUGCGGACGGCUUUGGAUGGUGGACACCGGUCUACUAGAGGUUCCUGGGGAGAGGAAGCAGAUUCAGCCUCCUGCAAUAGUCAUCUAUGAUCUUAAUAGCAAAACGCAGAUCACAAGAUACCAGCUCAAACCCACGGAUCUGGUCGACGAGAGGACGCCAGGAGGUCUAACCUCCAUAACGGUUGACGUCGGGUCCUCUUGUGAAGACACAUACGCCUACAUCACAGACCUGGCCACCAACGGACUUAUCGUCUUCUCGCUUAAAGAAAGAGACAGCUGGAGGAUACAGGACGACAGUUUCAAGCUCGAUGAGGGGGCUUUGAAUUUCACUGUUGCUGGACACGUGAUCAACUGGAGAGACGGACUGUUCAGCAUGGCGCUAUCCAACCGGUUUGAAGGGAGCAGAACAGCUUUCUUCCAUCCGCUGGUGUCCACCCAGGAGUUCUCCAUUGAUACGGCAAUUCUGAAAUCUUCAAGAAAAGGGAACCUUAUCACCAAAGCGACGCUCUUAGGCUCCAGAGGUCCGCUAACCCAAAGUGGCAGCCACGACUAUCACAACGGCGUGUUGUUCUUCGCCAAUGUGGCACAAGAUGGCGUCCUCUGCUGGAACACCAGGAAACCACUGACGCCAGAGAAUGUGGUGCUGGUAGCACAGGAUCAUGAGAAACUAGUGUACAUAUCAGAUUUAAAGGUGAAAGGCGACGAGGUGUGGGUCCUAGUCAAUCAGAUUCCCCGUUUUGUCUACUCCACCCUAGACCCCAGACAAAAUAAUUUCUACAUUCUGAAAGGGAGAGUACAAGAUCUGAUAAAGAACACGAAGUGCACGUAAUCUUAUGAAAGAAA